CUCUGCCGUUUUCUGACGUCGGCGGUGCUCGACAUCGAAGCGGCGCUGGGCGACUCGGGUGAUAAGUAGAAUUUCGUUUAAGACACUGAGAAGCAGGAGGAGGAAGAGCAGCUGGAGCAGGAGGAGGAGGAGGAGGCGGAGGAGGACGCGAGAGGCAGCCGCAGCCCAGCUCAGGCUCCAGGCGCGAUCUCCGAGAGGGCUUCGGUCUCGUGGCUUUCUUGAUCGGCGAGGGAGGCAAGGAAUCAUGGCGUUAGAGCCGGGGAGGCGGAAGGUGAAGAAUAGGGUGCCAUUGAAGGCAUUAGCGAGAGUAGCGAGCGUAGCAGCCGGGGUGCAAUUCGGGUGGGCCUUGCAGUUGUCUCUCUUGACUCCGUACGUGCAGGAGCUCGGAAUUCCUCACCAAUGGGCCAGUUUGAUUUGGCUCUGCGGCCCGAUCUCUGGCAUGUUCGUGCAACCCGUCGUGGGUCACUACAGCGAUAAUUGCACCAGCUCCUACGGCCGACGCCGGCCGUUCAUUCUGGCCGGCGCCGUCCUGGUGGUUAUUGCCACCUUCACCAUCGGAUUCGCGGCCGAUUUGGGGUAUCUGUUCGGCGACAAUCUCUCGAAACCUAUCAGACCCAGGGCCAUUGUGGUUUUCAUUUUGGGUUUCUGGCUCUUGGACCUGGCCAACAACACUCUGCAAGGACCUUGCCGUGCUCUGCUAGCCGAUUACACAGGCAAAGACCAAAGGAGGACCCGAAGAGCGAAUGCCUUCUUUUCCCUCUUCAUGGCGGUGGGUAACAUUCUGGGAUUUGCAACCGGCGCCUACGAUAAGUGGGAAAAAUGGAUCUGGUUCAGUGCCACCACUGCUUGCGACACUCCAUGCGCCAACUUGAAAUCUGCUUUCAUGAUCGGCGUGAUCCUGCUGGUCUUUACAACCAUUCUCAGCGUAACCGCUGCCGAGGAGAUCCCCUGGUCUCCGGCGUACAGCAAUAAGAACAACUCCACGGAAGCUAACGCCACGACGCCAUUGCUGAUCGCUGACAAACCUCUCGAUGGACAAUCUAACGAGGAGGUGUCUCACGCAAACGCCGUGGAGAAGGUGGAGGAUCCCGAGGACGAUGACGAGGAUGAUGAGCAGGUUUCGGAAGCUCUCUUCUGGGAGCUCGUGGUCGCCCUGCGAGACUUGCCACGCACUAUGUGGCUGAUUCUGCUGGUCACCGCCCUCACAUGGUUAGCUUGGUUUCCCUUUCUCCUAUUCGACACCGACUGGAUGGGUCGUGAGGUCUACCGUGGAGAACCCGCUGGAGCUGAGGUAUCGAAGAGCUCGGUUCUCUAUUACGAUGGUGUGCACAUGGGCUCAUUCGGUCUCAUGAUGCAAUCUGUCAUUCUCGGACUCACGUCCCUGAUGAUCGAGCCUCUGUGUCGAAAGCUCGGACCCAGCCGCGUCUGGGGAAUGGGCAAUGCCAUCAUGGCUGCUUCCUUCGCCAGCAUGGCGGUCAUCACCACUUACGCCAGAAGAGCUUCUCUGGCUCCCCUCUACACCGGUCCCCCGACCGGAGUCAUUGUUUCAGCACUGUCCGUCUUUGCAAUUCUCGGAGCUCCUCUUGCUGUUACAUACAGCGUGCCAUACUCCCUGACGGCUACCUACACCGAGAAGUCUGGCGGAGGACAAGGUCUUUCCAUGGGCGUUUUGAAUCUUGCCGUCGUUAUUCCACAGGUUAUUGUUUCGGUGGGCGCUGGACCUUGGGAUGAGCUGCUGGGAGGAGGAAAUCUGCCAGCUUUCUUGUUGGGUUCGGCAUCGGCUCUGCUCGGUGGUAUCUGCGCUGUGCUAUUGCUCCCACGACCUCCUCCAGGUUUCCGCGCAGGUGGUCGACUUCGUCGCACGAGAAGUUCCCCCAUUCCGUAAAUUUGAUCAUGCGGGUCUUUUGCAACUUUUCUCGAAUGGAUCACGCGCAGAAUUGCGCGAUAACUUGAUCCUGAUAUUUCUUUCACUUUGCUUCGAAUGUUUCUGUUAGUCAAUUGAACUUUUCCGCCAUCCUCCACUUGGGAUCUGAAACAACUCACACCUUUACAAAGUAAUUUAGAUUCAUCCCAUCCUAGCUGCCUGCCUCUUCACGUCUUUUUUUCAUCGCUCCUGAUUUGUGGGGCCCUCAAAUUCAAAUUCAGUCCUUUAAGCCUCAAACGACACAAAACUAACUUUUGCUCUUGUUCACUCUCCCGAGAAUGAACACAUUCUUGUAUAGGGCUAGGUUACGGAUGGCACGUUAGAUGUAGUGCAAGCAAGAAACCUCCAUUCUUGUUUCAGAGAGCUGGUGUCGUCGAGUAAUGUCAAUCCUGUUCACUUGUAAAGUAGGAAAUUGUUGUAUUUAAACGUGUGAAGAAAAUUGUUCUUUGGUCC